AUGUGGGAGAGCAACAGUCACAAGCGAACUAUUGGCGCCGCACUGGGGAUUGUGCUGGGCUGCUGCAUCUUGUCGUACAUAUCGGUGCGUUACAGGCGCCGAAUGCAAGUAGCCCGCCUCAUGGAACUUCGUUUGAGGUCCAAGACGGGGACGCACAGAGGCAUUGAUAAAAUAUUACCCUUAUCAUUGUUAUUCUUGGAAAAGGGAUGUGCAAAAUCAUUGAAAUUGCGGAUAGAAGGCGCACCCACGUCCCGGCCUAUUCCAAUAUCCCAACAAAGUGGCCGGAAGGGGGUCAGUAACAGCACCUCUCCAGAAAAAACGUUAGUCCGCUUUGGCUUUGAUUUAAACGUGUCGGUAGGUUAUCUCGCCAUGAAUGUGGCAGGGUCUUUCACUCGGGAGGCUGCCACGUACCGAUUUCCUAUUGAAUUAAAGCGCUAUGUUCACGUGGACGGGUGUAGCAUUACCAUUGUUGCCGAGGAUUUGGGCAACGUGGAGGGUAACAUGGCCACAGAAGCCUACAAAGCGAAAUGCAUCGCGCGGGUUCAGGAGGAGGCGGCGCAGCAGCAGACGUACUUUAAAAUACAGUACGAUACCUCUGCAAGCAAGAUUGUGACGACGAUCAUGGAGCGAUAUGUCUGUUUCUACCUUGGGCCUGCCCCUGUGGUUGUUACAACCUUCUUUCUCGUACAUAAUCAUGUAGCGUACAUUAUUCAGCUUCAGUCCCACUUGGACAACUACAGAGCCCGUCUCACUGAAUUUUUUAUUACUGUACAGAGUGCACGCUUGGAGAAAGCCCCCCGAGUGGUUCCAGGGAGGGUCUGCCAUACCCUACGUUCAGGUAUUGGGGAGGAGGUAUACCGCGUCUGUCUCUCACCGCAGUUUAUUGUAACGAGCACCAACGUCAACGAUGCUCUUGUGCUUAGUUAUCGACAUGCAAAUGAGUGGUCAGGCGAGGUGCUCACGUGGGAUCCACAGAAGAAAAAGACUAGUGGAAACAAAUUUAAUCAGAGCACCGAUGCUAGUUGCGAUGGCGGCGAUGUGAUUACCCUCAUCCCUGGCAAGCUCUAUCUUGCUUCGCGCUGGAACUCACGUGCGAAAUUAGGUGCCACUGUCAUAAAUGAAGUUAAGAAUCUGCUUGAGGCGGUGAGUGUUUCGUCGGGAGAGGUUACUGGCAAACAUCUUCCACCCAGUUUGUAUGUCUCCGAGGCUUUGGAAAUGCAGUUGCCUUCUAUUCAACGUUUUACCACCAACGUUUGCAUCCACACCGUCGACCCCUUUAUCAGCAUGUUUGUGCGAACCAAAGACGCAGGUAUGUUUGAGUUUGAGGUUGGUGCCUUUGGUGAGCGGGAGCUCGGGGAGCUUGAGCGGACCGGAUUGAAGGGGCUAGGAAAAUUAAUUUUUUCACGGCGGGAGGAAACCGCCUCAGGGAAAAGUAAAGUGGUAUUUGUGGUUAAGACUGAGAAAAAAACGAUGCUUCGUCUUGAUGCUGUGCAUUGCCCAGGUGAUGAUCUUUGGUAUGCGUUGAAAUGUUUGUACGUUGACGAGAACGAGGUGCCGGAGGAGUUGCUGCAGUACAUGGAGGCAGCGCUCGAUACACUCUUGUUCAUUGAUCCCGCAUAUAUAUCUCAUCCCCCAUGUUUGAGCGCUAACUGUGAAGGGCAUUAG